AUGCCAGAACCAAAACCCGAGGAGAUCUUUGUGCAAAUAAACGAAAACACACCUAUCGCUAUACAACUCCCCAUAAACAAACCACUGAAUGAAAUCCGUCUUAUACUUGCUAAUGAACCAAAUCUUCGAAUGGAUACAAAAAUGAACUUUGUAAAUCCAUUUGCUAGAAUCUUACGAAACAAAGAAUGUGAACAUCUUUUAUCAGAAAUUCUUGAUAGUAACAAUCUAAAAAUUAUUGGUGAACAGGAGCCAGAACCAAAGCUUGAAGGAAUUAAUGUUCAAAUAAAUAGCGACACACCUGUCCUUAUACCACUUUCCAUGGGUGAAACAAUGAAUGAAAUCCGUCUUUUACUUGCUGAUGAUCCAAAUAUUCGAAUGAGCUCAAAGAUGGCAUUCAUGAGCCCAUUUUCCAGAAUCCCGCAAAACUAUGAACGAAACUUUACUUUAACAGAAAUUCUUCAUCCUAAUAAUAAUUUGAAAAUCAUUGGCGAGCAUGAACCAGAUUGGGAAUAUAUAAAGAGCAGCUGUAAACUGGAAUAUGGCGUUAACUUUACGGAAAAAGGUCCAGAAAGCGCAAAGAAAAAAGCAUUUGAUAUUACAAAACUUGACGCUAGAAAGUUAGCUAGUACAGACGCAAUUGAUGAAACGAUUGUAUGUCAAACAGAAAUUGAUAAAAUUUGUGUACAAAAUUUUUUAGUGAAAUCUGAAAUUACUGCAAAUUUGCCGCGGUGGUUACUGAUUUCGACAGCUCUUGAGGGAUCUGGAGAGACCGAAAAUCAUAAAAACAGCAGAAAUUCAAUUACUUGUCAGACUUCAAAAAUCAUAAAAGCUACAAUAUCAUAUUCUGAUUCAGAAAUAAAACCAACAAAAGAAUUUAUAGAGUCUGUUGACAAAGCGCUCGCAUCAGAUGAUCCACCCAAAAAUCUUGAAGAGGUCGCUAAAGACUACGGCCCAUUAUGGUGCAAGAAACUUGGAAUUGGUGGCAGGAUUGUAUCUAAAGAAAGCAAAGAAAAAAAUACUACCGAAUGUAAUAAUUCGAGAGAAAUAAAAGCUUCUGUGAAGCUGAGGGUAAAUGAGCAUGUUGAGAUUUCUGGAGAUACAGGAAAAAGUCAACAAACAAAAAAGAUGAGUUUAUUUGCAAACGAAACAUCAUCUUGUCGAAUAUUUGGUGGCUCAGAAGAUAUUUAUCGUGAAGAGUCUAAAAAGGGAUGGAUAAAUUCAUUAAACGACUUUCAAAAAUGGGCAGUAGCGGAAUAUGCUGAAAUAAAUUCAAUUUUUGAUAUUCUUGAUCAAGAGAGAAGAUCAAAAAUUGCAACGGCAUUAACCAAACGAAUCGUAGAAUCACAAGUUGAAGCAUUAUCAUUUCGAAUGGACCUCUCUAAGACAGAUCCAUACAUCUAUGAACUACCUUCAAAUCUUCAACUUUCUAAUACAGAUCGCAUAUUCGUAACGGUAAUGAAAGGAGACGAAUCACAAAACGAACCAGAAGACUUAUUUGCUACACGAGUUCAUUAUAUAGACAAUAAAGAUCUGCCUGUAAUUCUUAUUCAUCGCCUGGGAGAAUUAAAAAAGAGAUCAGUAUCACCAAUGAUUAAAUUGAAACUAGGUUGGAUUGUGGUUGGCAUAUCCCCAAUUUUGAAUUUAUUCGAACACUCUUCAGCGCAGCCAGUUUUCGAAAGUGACGAAAUCGAAAUUAAAGCAAAUAAUAAACGACUUAUGGCUGUUAUUCCGAAUAAAGGAAAAAUAGAUCCAAAUAGUAGUCUUCUGGCGACUUGUGUUUCAAGAGCAAAAAAUUUGCAAGAUGAUCCAAAGAAUUCCAGAUAUAUCACGGGAACUCAUUUUUAUAAGAAUGUUGCUAUUGAAACUUGCGCUAUUGAGGCUUGUGCAUUUUGUUAUGAUCUUCAAAACACUCAAGCACAAUUCGAUGAUAUGCCAAUUAAACUUUCGGUCAAUUAUAGCAUCGUCGCAGGAACAGGAAAACACCAAUUCGGACAAACCCAAAUUAUUAGUAAACCUAUAACUAGUAGCCUUUUAGGCUCGCUAUUAAGUCAACCGAAACAUUAUAAAGUUCUUUUUGACGUUUAUUCGGAACUAACUGAACAACCGAUGACCCCAGCCACGACUCCACCAAAUGAACAAGAACCGUUGCUCUCGGCACAAAAAACUCUACAAAGUCCAGUUUUCGUCAGCUUAGUUUUGGACAACUGUCCAGCACAUUGCAUUCACGGAUUUUUUAAUAUCACUCCAAAUCAUGCUAUUUUUGAGUCUCUAAACAAUUCAAUUACCAAGAAUGGGCAAAAUAUUGCGUAUUUCUGUGUAAUGAAUUAUGCACCUCUAAUCUAA